CACUGUGUUUGAUGCUCGGAAACAAACAUUGCAUAGGUUUACCGAAGGAGUUACGGGUGAAGGAAACUAGACGGUAGUCGAAAAUGGAUUUGUAGUUUUGUCAUUGGGUUUUAUUAAAUAAAAAAAGGACAGUGCUGAUUCUGUUCAUCUGAAAAGUGAUAAUCUGCUCCUGUUUUCAAGAACAUCUUCAUGGGAUGUACGACUGGAAAUUGGGAUUAAAAACGCUUUUAUUCCCUAUUUUACUUUCAAUGCUCCUUCAAUUCGUUUUAGGGAUGUCUGUGGGAAUAAACUACGUGUUGCGCUCGGAUGGAGGAUACGGUCGUUUAUUUUCUCCGUCGUUAUCAUAAAAAGGAAAACACCCAACCUGUGACAAACUCUUGCAGUUUGGAUGACUAUUUGCAUUUCACCUACUGGAUGUGAUCUCACUUUUUUUGCAUCUGUUCAGUACGCUGAAAUACGCACAGUCCUGUUUACAAACGGGCUAAGCUUUCGCUGUUUCUGCCCCACACAGAAUGGCUCGGUUCGGAGACGAUGUUCCCGGUCUGCUGGGACCCGGGGAUGGGGGAUCGGAGCGCAAUCGGAACCGGGAGGCUCCCGCGGUAUCCACAGGUGGAGUUUCACCAGCCUUCAAACAGACCAAAGCGCAGCGAGCCCGAACCAUGGCCCUGUACAACCCCAUACCAGUCCGACAGAACUGCUUCACUGUUAACAGAUCGCUCUUUAUCUUCGGAGAGGACAACAUCGUUAGAAAGUAUGCCAAGAAGAUAACAGAGUGGCCUCCGUUUGAAUACAUGAUCCUGGCCACCAUAAUUGCCAACUGCAUUGUUCUGGCCCUGGAGCAACAUCUACCCGGAGAGGACAAGACGCCCAUGUCAAAGAGACUUGAAAAAACAGAGCCCUACUUCAUAGGAAUGUUUUGCCUUGAGGCUGGAAUAAAAAUCAUUGCUUUGGGAUUUGCAUUCCACAAAGGCUCGUACCUGAGGAACGGCUGGAACGUCAUGGACUUCAUUGUCGUCCUGAGCGGGAUUCUGGCCACGGCAGGAGCUCACAUGAAUAUUUCAUUAGACCUGCGCACACUGAGAGCUGUGAGGGUCUUACGGCCCCUCAAACUGGUUUCUGGCAUUCCCAGUCUUCAGAUCGUUCUGAAGUCCAUCAUGAAAGCGAUGGUUCCUCUUCUACAGAUCGGUCUGCUGCUGUUUUUUGCCAUUCUCAUGUUCGCCAUCAUUGGACUGGAGUUCUACAGUGGAAGACUCCACAGUCACUGUGAAGCUGAAGCAGACAUCAGCGGCAAUGAGACUGUGGAUUCAUCCGAGUCUGAAUAUCCAUGUGGAUAUAGGAAAUGUCCUCUGAAAUAUAACUGCUCUGGCAAGUGGACAGGACCCAACGAUGGCAUCACCCAAUUUGAUAACAUCUUGUUUUCUUUACUCACCGUCUUUCAGUGCAUCACGAUGGAAGGCUGGACGACAGUACUCUAUAAUACCAAUGAUGCCUUAGGCCCUACGUGGAACUGGCUCUACUUCAUCCCGCUAAUAAUAAUCGGCUCCUUCUUUGUGUUGAAUCUGGUAUUAGGAGUCCUUUCAGGGGAGUUUGCCAAAGAGAGGGAGCGUGUGGAGAACCGGAGAGCCUUCAUGAAGCUCAGGAGACAGCAGCAGAUCGAGAGGGAGCUAAAUGGGUAUCGGGCCUGGAUCGACCGUGCAGAGGAGGUUAUGCUUGCUGAAGAGAACAAGAAUUCAGGCCCUUCGGCUUUAGAUGUGCUGAAAAGAGCCGCCACCAUAAAGAGAAGAGGGGUAGAUGAUGUCCGGAGAGCUCCGGAUGAGCCGUACGCCGACAUCUCAUCUGUAGGCAUGCAGUUAAACAGAGCGAGCAUACGCAGCGCCAAAAGAGGACCAACAUCAUAUUUCCGACGAAAGGAGCGCAUGCUAAGGAUCUACAUUCGGCGUAUGGUGAAGACUCACUCCUUUUACUGGAUUGUUUUGGGUCUGGUGGCCCUCAACACCUUCUGUGUGGCCAUCGUACAUCACAAACAGCCUCAAUGGUUGUCCAGCCUCCUCUACUAUGCAGAAUUUCUGUUUUUAGGCCUGUUUCUCACUGAGAUGUUUCUGAAGAUGUAUGGACUGGGACCCCGACUAUAUUUCCACUCCUCUUUCAACUGCUUUGAUUGUGGGGUGAUAGUAGGAAGCAUUUUCGAGGUGCUCUGGGGAUUCUUCAGACCUGGCACAUCUUUCGGGAUCAGCGUGUUGCGUGCCUUACGGCUGCUGAGGAUCUUCAAGAUAACCAAGUACUGGGCAUCCCUGAGGAAUCUGGUUGUGUCUCUGAUGAACUCUAUGAAGUCCAUUAUCAGUUUGCUUUUCCUGCUGUUUCUCUUCAUUUUGGUCUUUGCCCUUCUAGGCAUGCAGCUCUUUGGGGGAAGGUUCAUUUUCGAAGACUACACCCCCACUAAUUUUGACACUUUUCCGGCAGCUAUUAUGACAGUGUUUCAAAUUCUUACUGGUGAAGACUGGAAUGAGGUCAUGUAUAAUGGCAUACGCUCUCAAGGUGGUGUUAAGUCAGGGAUGUGGUCGUCUGUGUACUUCAUUGUCCUGACUCUGUUUGGAAACUAUACGCUCCUCAAUGUCUUCUUAGCUAUCGCUGUUGACAAUUUGGCCAAUGCCCAAGAGCUCACAAAGGACGAGGAAGAGGAAGAGGAGGCGUUUAAUCAGAAACACGCUCUGCAGAAAGCCAAGGAGGUCGGACCCAUGUCGUCCUUCAUGUCUUCAGAGAGAAGAAGACGGCCUUACCUGUACAGGAAACGUGCAAUUCACCGGAGCCGUGCGGCCUACUCCUUUGAGGACUCGGAGAGCCUCGCUAAUGCUCCUCCGCUCAAUGCCUCUAACUCUUUCAUGUCCAGGAGAGAGAGAAGGCGAAGGUUAACCAUGUCGGUCUGGGAGCAGAGGACCAGUCAGCUGCGCAGACACAGGCAGAUGUCCAGCCGCGAGAUCCUCUUCAGCAGCCCCAGUGAGGAGCACGACGGAGCACCUGGUUGCCAGCCCCAACGGAAGCCCGGUCUGUCCCCGUCUGACAGCAAGAAGCAAGCCAUCGAGACCUCUGCGACCACCGCUCUCCCCGAGGGCACCUUAGAGCCGCCCAUGCCCCUGGAUAUACCCGUGGAUGAUAAAGAACAGUCCCUGUCUAUUCCGGAACCCCCUUUGGAUAUUCCAAUUCCAGAGUCUCCCGUGGUAGUGGACAUGUCCCUCCCCGAGCCACCGGUCACACUGAAUCUACCAGAGCCGCCCGAAUCAAAGACCUCACCCGAGACCACCCUAGAUGUCAACAACCAUUUCCCCAGACUCAAUGGAAACAGGCGUCAGCGGGCGGUUCGUAAGUACAGGCCUCCUGCGAUGGGGGACACGCUGACCCCAGAUAUGGGGCCCAGGCCCAGACGGCUACGUCAUCGGGAACCUCACACGGAUGCUAGAGGGAAAGAGACACAACAAGGAGAGGGCGCCAUUGACGGCGGAGAUCACAGGUCUGUGAAUGAUGAAGAUGAAAGCAAAUCAAAGAAUGACGGAGAGAUCGGUUCAGACAGCACAGCAGCUGAACAGAGGAAAAACAAACCAGAGAUUUCUGAAUCGGCUGACCCCAAACCGACCAUAACUUCACCCCACAAAAAGCAGCUUCAGGACUCAGAGCCUGCAACACUUCAGCUGACCGACACACUCCAGCAAUCCCCAAAGGCCACUUCAUGUGCGGGCGAGAUGGAUAAAAACAACCACGGGUCCUUAAACCAAGAAAAGUCCUCCCUCAACACCAGCAUGGCCAUUGAAGUGACAGAUAAUCAAGCAUCCAUGGAGUUGAUCUCGAUUACGGGUAAUAACAAAGAUGUGGAAGCAUCAAAACCAGAGAAAUUAGAGGAAAACCCAAAUGCACCCAAAGGUCCUCCACCUGUCAGCAUGUUUAUCUUCAAACCCGACAACCCCAUCCGCAGGGCCUGCCACUACAUUGUCAAUCUCCGUUAUUUCGAGAUGUCAAUUCUCCUUGUGAUCACCGCCAGCAGUAUUGCAUUGGCUGCCGAAGACCCCGUCAACACAAAUUCAGAGAGGAACAAAGUGCUGCGUUAUUUUGAUUAUGUCUUCACCGGCGUCUUCACGUUUGAAAUGAUAAUCAAGAUGAUCGAGCAGGGUUUGAUCCUCCAUGACGGCUCUUACUUUCGUGACCUGUGGAACAUUCUGGACUUCAUAGUUGUGGUGGGAGCUCUGGUUGCCUUCGCUCUCACAAUGCUCGUCUGUUUCUCGUUUGUUUCUCUGUCGGUCGUCUUGUGGCUCACGGCAUCUGGCAGGAAUGUGAUGGGGAGUACCACAGGACGAGACAUUAAAACCAUAAAGUCACUGCGUGUGCUCAGGGUUCUUCGUCCUCUGAAGACCAUCAAGCGACUUCCCAAACUCAAAGCUGUCUUUGACUGUGUGGUCACGUCCCUUAAGAACGUCUUUAACAUCCUCAUUGUCUACAAGCUUUUCAUGUUCAUCUUUGCCGUCAUCGCUGUGCAGCUUUUCAAAGGGAAAUUUUACUACUGCACAGACAGUUCCAAGGACACAGAAGAAGAAUGCAAGGGCUACUACAUUGAUUACGACAAAGACAAGAAAAACAAGGAGAAACGAGAGUGGAAGAGACGCGAUUUCCACUACGAUAACAUUGUCUGGGCCCUGUUGACUCUCUUCACCGUGUCUACCGGGGAGGGCUGGCCGCAAGUUUUGCAACACUCUGUAGAUGUGACCGAGGAGGACCGGGGACCCAUUCAAGGGAACAGAAUGGAGAUGUCCAUCUUUUAUGUCAUUUAUUUCGUGGUCUUCCCCUUCUUCUUUGUCAACAUAUUCGUGGCUCUCAUCAUCAUUACCUUUCAAGAGCAAGGUGACAAAAUGAUGGAAGAGUGCAGUCUGGAGAAAAAUGAGAGGGCUUGUAUCGACUUUGCCAUCAGUGCCAAGCCUCUGACUCGGUACAUGCCGCAGAACAGACAGUCCUUUCAGUACCGCCUGUGGCACUUUGUGGUAUCGCCCUUGUUUGAGUACACCGUGUUGACAAUGAUCGCCCUCAACACCAUUGUCCUCAUGAUGAAGCAUCACGAGCCUCGCACUGCAGGUUAUGAUGAUGUACUAAAACAUCUCAACACUGCGUUCACAGUUAUUUUCUCUGUGGAAUGUGUUCUCAAGAUCCUGGCGUUUGGUUUUACGAAUUAUUUCAGAGACACGUGGAAUAUAUUUGAUUUCAUCACGGUUCUAGGAAGCAUCACUGAAAUUGUGGUUGACCAGUUCUCUCCAAAGUCUGGUACUUUUAACAUGAGCUUCCUGAAGCUGUUCCGGGCCGCUCGGCUGAUUAAACUUCUGCGUCAGGGCUACACGAUCCGUAUUCUGCUUUGGACGUUUGUGCAAUCUUUUAAGGCUCUUCCGUACGUCUGUCUGCUCAUCGCCAUGCUGUUUUUCAUAUAUGCCAUCAUUGGCAUGCAGGUGUUUGGCAAUAUCAAGCUCAAUGAAAAAAGCCAAAUCAAUCGUCACAAUAACUUUAAGACCUUCUUUGGUGCCCUCAUGCUAUUGUUCAGGAGUGCAACAGGUGAGUCAUGGCAGGACAUCAUGUUGUCGUGUUUAGGAGAGAAGGAGUGUGAAACGGACAUGUCCCUCAACAACUCCACGACAAAAGCCAUACGGAAAGAAUGUGGUACAGACUUCGCAUACUUCUACUUCGUGUCUUUCAUCUUCUUCAGUUCAUUUCUGAUGCUAAAUCUCUUCGUGGCUGUGAUCAUGGAUAAUUUUGAGUACCUGACACGUGAUUCGUCCAUUCUGGGUCCUCAUCACUUGGAUGAGUUUGUACGGAUCUGGGGAGAAUAUGACCGCGCCGCAUGUGGUCGUAUUCAUUACACUGAUAUGUACGAGAUGCUGACCUGCAUGUCCCCACCGCUCGGCCUGGGCAAGAAAUGCCCCUCCAAAGUGGCGUAUAAGCGGCUGGUGCUGAUGAACAUGCCGGUGGAUGAAGACAUGUCGGUCCACUUUACCUCCACUCUAAUGGCGCUGAUACGCACCGCGCUGGAUAUUAAAAUAGCUCGAGGAGGGGAGGACAGGGGCCAGAUGGACAUAGAGUUACAGAAAGAAAUCAGCGUCAUAUGGCCACACCUCUCCCAGAAAGCCCUUGAUCUGCUUGUACCCAUCCACAAAGCCAGUGACAUGACGAUUGGGAAGAUCUAUGCAGCCAUGAUGAUCAUGGACUAUUACAAGCAGAACAAAGCUAAGAAACUCCGUCAGCAGCUUGAGGAACAGAAACAUGCACCGAUGUUCCAACGCAUGGAUGCAUCGUCGCUCCCGCAGGACAUCCUCUGCAGCGCCAAAGCUUUGCCAUUCCUGACCCACAGUGCUGGAUCUGCCCUCACCAGAGGUGGGUUUUUGGCACUAAGUCCCAUCUCCCCCCAAGAUCUCUUCAUGCAGCCUGUAGCCCAAGAAAGCAUGGAGGAGAGAGAGGAGUACCAGCAUCAGUAUCACCUCCAGACAAUGGUGCCAGAGCACAAAGAGUUUAGAGCUGUGCUGCUCCCCACUAGCAUGCAGUCUGAUCCACUGCAGGUGCCAGGGAGAGGCGUCUCUAUCCGAGCCUCCUCCAUGCCACGGCUGGAGAUAGAGCCACAGCAGGUGUCUUUGGAGAGCAAACUGAUGAAGCGUUCGUUCUCGACGAUCGGAGAUCAGUGUGUGAACGGUGACUGGCAGGAAGAGUUCUCGCUGGAGCGCGUGAGCCCCGAUCGACUGGAGAGACCCAGACAAAGAAGCUUCAGAGCUGUCAGGUCAAACCUGCGGGAGCCGGUGGACAAGGAGAGAGGACGAUCUAAAGAGAGGAGACACCUGCUGUCGCCAGACGUGUCGCGCUGUAACUCAGAGGAAAGGAGCCAGUCACAGGACAGACACCACUCGCGAUCACCUAGCGAGGGCAGGAAACAUAUGUCACAUAGACAGGGAAACACUUCAGUCAGCCCAAUCCCCUCCACCUCUGAUUCAGGGACGCCUCGAGGGCGCCGGCAACUCCCGCAAACGCCGUCUCGCCCUCGGCCUCACAUCUCCUACUCUCCCUUGGUUUGUCGUGCCCAACCAGCACCAGCAGAGAGCCAUUCCCUGACCCGGCCCGCAGAGGAAGGGGAGGAGCCUAUCGCCGCCGUCGUCGCCCAUUCCACCCCGCACCGCUACAUCUCGGAGCCGUACCUGCCGCUGCAGGAGGACGUUAACAGUCUGGACCUCAGUGGGGUCGAGGAGACUCUCACGUUCGAGGCUGCCAUGGCAAGCAGCCUGGGCCGCUCCAACACCAUCAGCUCCGCCCCACAGCUACGUCACAGUUGGCAGGUGCCGAACGGACAUUUCCGUAAACGAUUAGCACAAGCCACGUCGGGAACAUCGGGGUGUGAGCUUCUUAGUGACACUGAUGAGGAUGACCGGUGUUAGGGGAAUGACUCUGUCUGUUUUAAUGGAUUCAUCCUGAACUUGUGCCUCGAUCUACAGUAUGGAAUAAUGCCCACAUGUGUGUGUGUGUGUUUAUUUGUUUGUCUGUGGAGUCUGAUCACAGAAAUCUGCUUUGGGUGGGAGACCAGAUGCAUAUGCGUUGGAUGCGCAAGCUGUUCUCGGAAAGGCUCAAAUGAUUGAUAGAAGGAGGGUUGAGAUCAGGUAUAUGUUUAAGUUCUUGCACCCACCCUACAGAUGAAUCCAAAGCUCAUGCUCACGAUGCUCUCAGGUUCCAAAACCUGCCUCAAGAUACUGAGAUGGUCCAUCAGACUGCAGACACGGACAGUGUGUUCUGACAGUGUUUACACAUUUCCGAUGGAACUGGAUGACAUAUGCCAUCGUAUGCUCAAACCUGUUUGUGGAUGUCAUUGACAGGGAGUUGUUUUGCUUUUCCGAGGCUGAUACGCAAUGAACAGGGGUUCUUCUGUGUGUUGGUGGUUUUGUUACUUAAGAGAUGCACACACACACACAUAUAUAGUACAUUCCUAUAGACUCUCAGAACGCAAGCAGUUAUGUUUAGUAUGGCAAUGAAGAGAGGUGGAAACCCCUUUAAAUACAUAUCUUAAUGAUUGACUUUCCAUGCAGGUAACAGAACCACGAAGGAAAUAUUUCCGAAUAGUGCAUGAGGUUUAAUGCAACUGGACCCAGGUGACGUCCUGGGCGGAGUCAAAAGACUUGUGUACCAUAUGUAAGCAUAUUAAUGAGUCUCUAAGCCAUGUUUUCUUGUAAAUAGGUUCAGUUGUCUAAAAGAUGUUAUCUUUUGUGAAGCAAUGACCUUUUCAUGUCCUUUUUACUUGUAAUGCACACUAUUUCAGAACGCAUGUGGUUGACAUGAAACAUGUUAUGUUCGGUAAGACCCACCAUCUCAUUCUGAAUCAGCACAUUUUUCUUGACCCUGAUGAAUCUUGUGUAGGUGAAUCUCACAGAGCGUGCGGAGAAAUGUUUAGGGGAUAAUCCACCACAAAAAUAUUAAAAAUAAUAUAUAAAAAAAGGAUGUAUAGUUUUCCAACAUUAAGAUAUUAAAUAAAUUUCCUUUGCGUUUAUUAUGUAAUGAAAUUAAUUACAAAUAUUCUUCUUAUUAAAAUACGCAGAGACAUUAUGGAAAUGAGAUUAUUAACAUUAUUAUUUGACACACGUAAUUUCGUAUCAUAAAAUGAUACAAAACACAAGCUUCCUUCUCUUUACCCCUAAAAGUUUAUUGCAUUAAAGGUCCAGUGUGUAUUUUUAAGAGAAUCUAUGGACAGAAAGGCACGAUAAUAUGCAUAACUAUGUGUUCAGAUGUGUAUAAAGACCUUACAUUAGGAAGCGUUUUGUUUUUAUUACCUUAGAAUGAGGUAUUUCUAUCUACGUUAUCUUUUUCAGCAAAGAAACAAGAACACGAUGACAUUUUAUCCCUCUGUCAUCCAUCGUAGUGCUUCAAAAGGGAGGGGUUGAGUGAGCUGUUGUUUGCAGUUCGCAACCUAACCGCUAGAUGCUGCUCAAUUUCAUACACUGGACCUUUAAGGAUGACCUAAUCAUUGCUUUUGUUUCUUGAAAUCCUCCCCCCCCGUUUUAUUAUUAUGCAAAAGCAAUUAAGACUAAACGUUCGUCACUCGGGUGACUCUGGGUACUAUUUCCUGUGAUUUCAUAUUAAUAGUUUGGAUUAGAAACUGAAUUAGUGCGAAGCAUCUCCUCUCUCAUGUGCUUGAAGGGCUGCACUUGACUGAGGUCGAUGAUCAGCCCUUAGAAAUUCAUUAGAGAAAUUCAAAAUGCACAUUUAGACUUAAUGUGGUUGAGUUGCCAUUAAAACGUAGCUGUGGGAAUCUGACAUACUGUGUAUUAGACUUUAGAGAAUUGUAAUGGAAAUAUGAGGUUUAAAUAACUCUGUUGCUGGUGCCCAACAUGGAUUCCCCACAAAAAUACAGUAAAACAAACAAAAGGAAUUCAAUUUACAAGUAUUUCUUUAGCAGACGCUUUUAUCCAAAGUGAGAUGAGAGAGGGUUUUUCGUUAAAGCACAUUUACCAUCACACUCUUUGGUUAGAUUCAGUAUAUCCAGCACCUCUAAAAAAAAGCAUUUUAGGAUAAGUUUCCCCUGAAGAGAAUUUCUGUAUCAUGUACUGUGUUGUAUUUUUUGUUACAUGUUUCUGAAUGUGAAUAGAGAGUAUUUGGUACCUGUUCUUCAUGACCUGCUGGGGGUCACUGCCUUGUGAAUUAUAUGAAAUAAAAAAGAUUCCCAUUC